AUGACCAAACGAACGAAGCACGCUCUGCGCACGGUAAAAGAUUUCAUAUUCCACCCGAGUGUGGUCGGUCACGUUUUUCCUGGAAAGAAGAUGAAAUUGAGUAACCGCCUCAAUCUGGAUCUGCCCUCCCCUUUGUGUUUUAUCAUUUUUAGGAACCGUUUGACCACAACAUCCUCAGUAGUUUUUGACACCCGUCAGCUGCUGGCACGGCCUUUCGCUCAGAAUACCAUAGCCGCUAUGACGCUGCUUGGCUCAAUCCUAUUUUUUUUUUGGAAUUUUCUUCGUGCCUUCGUGAGAGUUUCCCCCCACUGGCGCGGCUAUCAGCCAUCACCGUAG